AUGAGAAAACACUUCAUGUAUCCCAACGAAAGUUCAAAAGUUCGAGACUCCUCUGUUAGAUUCUCAGAGAUGGGAGCCGCGCGGGUAAGGUUGUCUCCAAUCGGAUUUGUAGUUAUAGGACUUGUAGUUGUAGCGGUAAUUUACUACCUAUCGACUGAUGGAGGAAUUGGAGAGUUUUCGCACAAGUAUUUUGAGGGGGAAGACACAGUCUCGAUGAAAAAACUCAUUGUCACUGCAAUUCAUCUUGCCGAGAAAGGAGGAGUUGUUGUUCGUAAAAUUCGAAAUGGUGAAGAUCUAGGGGUAAGUAACUUCUUGAUACACCCUUACUUGAGCAGAGUUGUAGUUGCAGACGUUGGGAAAGCAAGAGUUGCUUGAAGUUUUUAUUUACAUUCAAGCUUAGGCUAUGCACCGCUUAGCUGGAGAAGAAAGCAAUCUUACUUACAUGUAAUAGUUUGAGCUUUCUAAUUCUAAAAAAAUCUUCCAAGGUUACAUAACAUAUCCGAUGAUUUCUUUCGGAAAUUGUACUUUUAUUAGAAGAAUGCUGAUUUGAAAGUAAACAGUUGUUUAAACAUUUGGAAUGCAUGGUUGCGUCGUGGCAAGAAAGAGUAACUUUUGAGAACUGUCAACGUGUACAACUGUGAUUUACAUAUACAAGUUAAAAUCGUAAACAGCUGAGUUAAAUCUCUAAUGGCGAUGCGUAAACCACCUACAUUUUAGCUCCAUUUCCCCAUAAUUUAUGAAAUUAAAUUUGCUGAGUAAGACUGUACACACAAGCAACAUAGUUUCAGACAGUAGUUUAUUCUCAGUUUCUUAGCUGUGUAAAAAUUUCCAUAAGAAUAUACACUUCCACGGUUUCUGAUAAUUUUUAAUGAGGAUCAGUUAGUGAAUAUUCAACAAAAAGCAUCUUUAUAUCAGUUAAGGUGCCAAGUUUGAAAGUUAUAUGACAGAAACAAGCAGCUCAGCAAAAUAGGCCACUUUUGAGAUAUUAAAAUUCAGCAUGAUAGCAAUUCUUAGGCUCUGCCCCGGCCGUCCACGUGUAUUUGGAUACUUGUGAAACUGCAUCCUCUUUUUACAAAUCGGCCUUCCGUCCACAUGAAACCAGUGAAUCCACGCACUGGAACCGCAUAUUUUUGAAACUGUCUUCCCGAGGGGAUUAUUUUGGAUCCGAUAGGUUUGGUGAAUUCAUGUGGACGACUGAAACCAGAUAUUUUUUAUGUCAGCUACAUCAUAAACCUGGGUCCAGGCUUAAAUGAAAACUUUGCAAGUUCAAAAUGGCAGACAACAAUGUUCUGUUGUUCUGACAGGUUGAGAAAUGUUGGCUAAAAGUGCUAGAAGAAGGAAAGAUACUUCCUAUGUAUUACAGAAUUGUAUUCAUGUGGGCAAGUGAAUCCAAACUGGAUACACCACACAGAAUUUGUGUAUGCAGUUUCAGCAUAUCGAGAUUCGUGUGGACGUGGCCUUAGAGGACACAAACAAAGAUAAUGAAUAAAUAUGUUUAUACAUGGACUUGUCCCCUGCCCAUGAAAAGUCUAAAAAGUCUGUGACUUUGCUGAGCCAUAUCUUCAUAAGUUUAUAACAUGUUACUCGCAACUUACAAAGUUUGUUGUACUGUUAUUGGCCACAUGUGCAUUUUCCAUAAAACUCCUCAAAAAUUUGGAAUUUCCCCCAGUAUUACAGUUGUCCCAAGAGAAACUUAAGUCAAAGCUUAAUGUGAAAAAUUUGGGGGUAAACAAGGUGUAUUGAAUGCAAUGUAAAAGUGGCAAAAAUGCACAAAAAGUGUAAAUCAAUAAUUUUGCAACCAAUCAUUCCUUGUCUUUCUUGCUUAUUUUACAGGAAGAAAGCAAAGGAAAGACACGUGAAGGAGCUAACAAUCCUGUAACGCAAGGAGACAUGCUGUCUCACAGGACUAUGUUUUAUGGCUUAAAAAAGGCAUAUCCUAAAGUAAAUGUAGUAUCUGAAGAACAUGACCAUGGGGAUGUUGAUUUGAAUGAUGUAAAGCUGCCAGAAACAUCGCAAAUUAUUGAUGGCAGUUUACAGUUCAACAAGGAAGAUGAGGUUGUGUCUACUGGCAACCUUUUAGUGUGGAUUGAUCCGCUUGAUGCAACGCAGGAAUAUACUGAAAACCUUGUUGAGUAUGUCACAACCAUGAUCUGCAUUGUGGUCAAAGGAAAACCUGUAGCUGGAAUAAUCCACAAGCCAUUUUUACAACAGACCUACUGGGCUUGGGUGGGACAUGGAUCCUCAGACAAUGUUCAAGUCCCUCAAGAAAGGGAUGCUGUGUUAACAUCACCAAGGGUGAUAGUCUCAAGAUCACAUGCAGGAAAAGUAAAUGCUACAGUAAGAUCAGCAUUUGGUCCACAAUCCAAAGUGAUACCUGCUGGUGGUGCAGGCUAUAAAGUGUUGUCAUUGUUUGAGGACAAAGCUGAUGCCUAUGUCCAUGUGACGUUAAUUAAGAAAUGGGACAUCUGUGCUGGUGAUGCCCUCCUGAGAACAUUGGGUGGCAAGAUGACAACGUUAGAUAAUGUUGAAAUUGAAUAUGGUAAUGCAGAAAAGCCAGCCAAUGAAGGAGGACUUCUUGCAGGAGUACACAAUCAUGCAGAGUAUCAAGACAAGCUUGCGCAUAUGUUAAAGUCAUAAUGGAGAGCAAAAUGCCUGACUCAAUAUUGCAGUGGAUAUCAGUAGUUAUUAUUGUAUGACAUGAUAUUUAUUUGUAGACAAAAAUUGUAAAAUUGUAAAUUGUAAUUUGUUUACCCACGGAUCACUAAGGAGUUCAUAUGAACUCGUUGAAACGUGUCCGUGCAUUCCAGAUCGAAUUGGAAUUUGAAAGUGUUGGUUUUUAAGGAGCCUGUAACAAAGUUGCACAGUUUUGUCAUCAGGUGCUAAAUACUGAAAUGCAAGGCCUGUAACUAAUAUAUUAUAUACACUGUACUGUAGCUAGAGGAAUGUCUGGGUAUCUGACAGUGUUGUUUAUAGUCAACUGCAUUGAGCUGUAUGUAGGUGGUCGUUGCCUGGGGUGUCUGCAGGCACUUCUAGACAGUGAAGCACUCUCAUGCUAGCAAACCCUGCAACCCAAUCGUGUGACUCUACAGAGAGUCUUCUGGGCACCUAUCACAUUAACAGUAGAAACAAAAUGUAGCUGGCGAGGGACAAGAAUGAAAACAAUGAUGAAUGGAAGACAGUGGCGGAUCCAAGGGAGGGGCCC